CCGUCAGCCUCUACGAAUGAAAACAAUAAACAUCCAGAAAGAAGGUCGGGUUCGUGUUUAUCUUCUCCCUGCUUCCGAACCAGAACCCGAACCCGAGAAAACUUGAGAUAAUAAUUAAAACAUUUUAACAACAAAAGACUACAACAGAAAACCUGUUUGUUUUUUUUUCUUUAACUUCGUAGCCCCGCCGCCGGAUGAUAGUCUAAAACCAAAACAACAGCCCGCUUCAGUUGGUACUUGUUGUUGUUGAUGUUAUGCGGCUGCGAGCGGCCCCUUUCCCGUCCUCCUCUCCUGCCUCUCGGUCGCUGCCUCCCCCAUGUCCCGCUGGCUCUUCCCCUGGUCCGCUUCCAUCAAGAAGCGAGCCUGCCGGUACCUGCUGCAGCACUACCUGGGGCACUUCCUGCAGGAGCGGCUGAGCCUGGAGCAGCUCAGCGUGGAUCUUUACAACGGGAGCGGCGUCCUGCGAGACAUCCACCUGGACGCGUGGUCAGUCAAUGAGUUGUUGGAGUCGAUGGGGGCUCCUCUGGAGUUGGUGGACGGGUUCGUGGGCAGCAUCUCCGUGUCGAUCCCGUGGGCGGCGCUGGUCACUGAGAACUGCACCGUGGAGAUCAGCGGCCUGCAGCUCACCUGCCGGCCCAAGUACCGCACCACUCAGGGCUGGGACUCUCAGGGCUGGUCCUCCUGUAUGGCCUCCAGCAUGCAGCUGGCUCAGGAGUGCCUGAAGGAGCCCCCAGAGGAGCCGGAGGAGCCCCCCGACCCCCUGGAGGGGCUCGAGAUGUUCGCCCAGACCAUCGAGACCGUGCUGCGCAGGAUCCGGCUGCGGUUUGUGGACACGGUGGUGCGAGUGGAGCACACCGCCGCGGGGGGGCAGAGGGGCGUGGCAAUCGAGGUGCACAUCAAGAGGCUGGAUUACUGUGACGAGGCAGUGAAGGAUUCGUGCGGCCCGGCUCUCCCCGUGGAUCUCCACCAGCCGCCCGCCUUCCUGCACAAGACCCUGCAGCUGAGCCGAGUGCAGCUGCUCUACGAGAGGACUGCGGGCAGCCAGGACGCUGGCUGCUCUGGCAGUGAGGGGGAGGGGGAGGGGGAGGGGGGUGACCCCGCCCCCCCACAGCCCCCCCUGCUCAUCGGGAGCUGCUCGGGGUUCAUGGAGAUGACAGUGAAGAUCAAACAGAACGAGGCGCUGCCCGGACCCAAGUUGGAGCUGGAUGGUAAGCUGGGCUCCCUGCACUUGCUGCUGUCACCCGACCAGAUCCCUCCCCUGACUGACCUGCUGUCAGCACUGAGCAUCUCCACAGAGGCGGGGGUCCUGUCCGAUGGAGGGAAGAGCCGUCCCCUGGGUUCGGAGGACCUGCGGCUGAUCGAGGACGAUCUGAACAAGCAGCUGAGCGGAGAGGCAGUGGAGAGGGGGAGGGGGAGAGAGGGGGAGGAGAGGGGGCCCUGCACGCUGACCAGCCUGGACAGUAGAGAGAUGUUCUUCUCCAUGGCCCCAGCCCUCUCCAGCAGCGUUGCUUCUCUGCGCUCCGUCAGUGAUCUCUCCGACUCGCUCGACUCCUCCCUGCACAGCGACUACAGCAGCUGCCAGCCCCCCCCCUCCCUCGCACCCGGGCUGAUGGUGAGCAGCCCCUGUCGGUUUGAGGGGACCCCCUUCACAGCCCCCCUGCCCGGCCAGCAGCCCCUGGGGAGGCCCACAGGCAAGCCCCCUCCCCAGCGCCCCCUGGUGGAGACUCUGAAGACCGAGGCUCUGCUGAGGCUAUCGAUCGGGGGUCUGACGCUCACCGUGCUGCAGCAGGACCCCGCGGAGCCCCCGAUUGGCCGGCCAGGGUCACACGGCCCCGACGUGGCGCUCCCAUUGGCCGAGGUGUCGCGGCGGUUCUUCGGGGAGCUCGACUUCUUCAAGGACGCUGCGUUCAGCGGGAGGGACUUCGAACCACUGAGACAACAGUUCCAGAGAGCCUGUCCACACUCACACCUCAGGGUGACGGGCUCCGCAGUGCAGCUGGUCUGUGAGCAGCGAUGGGGGAGCCCGGGGGUGCAGGAGCUCUGUGCUGACCUGUCCUUCAGCAAACUGGAGGUGCUGGAGUGCCUGUGGAAAGAGGGGGCCGCGGGGGGACCCCAAUACACACAGGUGCUGCUCUUCCAGAAUACCGGUGCCUUUUCUAUCGGGUCGACUGUGAAACCGUGCGCCCAGAUCCACUACACACUGAGAGAGUGCUGCGGGAGGAAGAGCUCUCGGAAGCCUCCCUCAGUGAAGCGGGCGAGCGACGUGUUCAUCGAACUCUCGGAGUUCUCCUCCGAGAUCGACCUGGGAAUCCUGGACCGGCUCGAUGCCAUAAUCCGGGUUCUAGGAAAAUCCGGGAGGGGAGAUCCCGAUCCCCGGACUGGCCUUCCCAGCGAGGUGUCUGGCGCCCCCCCCUGUUCUGACGAGCUCUCCUCUCUGCGUCUGCGCUCCCCGCGGGCCCUGCUCCAGCUCCAGUUCCCCGUCCCGGACCUCAGAACCGGACCAGAGCGGCGCCACUGGACCCACAAGGAGGUUCGAGAGGAAGUUCUGCUUCUGGACUUCAGCGAGCUGGACCUGCAGACCCAGGCCAGUGGCACCAGCGGACCUCUCAGGGUGGAGACCAGUUUCACUGACCUGCACGGAGUGUAUCGGGAUGCUGAGAAGGUGUCUCACUCUUGUCUCAGAGUUCAGAAGACAGUGGACCCCCAGUGGAGGGGCCCAGGCAAGCGGUACCAGAACCCCAAGAUCGUGGUGACCCUGAACCCGGAUCCUGGCCCCCCGGACUGGGAGUCUGUGCUGGAGAGGAGCGCGGAGCUGGACCUGGGUUCGGUGGAGAGCCCCUGUGAGCUGAGGCAGCCGGAGAGCUCCCCGUUCAGCUCCAAGAGAACCAUGUUCGAGACGGAGGAGAUGGUGAUCCCGGGAGACCCCGAGGAGAUGGCCCAGUUCCAGUCAAAGACGCUGUCCUGCUCCCAGUGUGUAGUGGAGCUGACCCUGCCCAGCGUCCACCUGCUGCUGCCCAGCAAGGGGCUGUACAGCAGCAUCUACAACAGGAUCAACAACGACCUCCUGAUGUGGGAGCCGAGCGCCCCGCCGCAGCCCGGGGGACCCCCCGAACUGUCCCCCCGACUGACGGGACAGACGGACACCUUCCGCAUGUGCAAGUCAGCCUUCCAGCUGGAUUCGGACUCUGAUGAGGACGACCCCCCCGUCGCCCCCGAUGACUCAGCGAGGCGUAAGGGGGCGGGGCCACGCACAGGCCACGCCCACAGCUUCCUCUCCAUGGCGGUACACAUCGGGAAGGGGCGGAUCUGCGCCAUGACUGACAGCAAGGGGGAGGGCGGCACGAAGCUGGACGGCUGUCACGGGGAGCUGGUGUUGGACGUGGACGGGGGGACAGUGUUCAGCGUGUCUCAGUAUCGGGGGGACCCGCUCCUCAGCUACCUGUGCAUUGAGGGACAGCGUGUGCAACUGUACCACCGAGCUGUGGUGCCAGAUUCCCCCCUGCCGGAGCGUUUGGAAGUGCCCAGCUUCACCCCUCCCACACACCUGGACCCUACCAUCUACCCCUCGGAGGAGGGGGUGGCCAGCAAGGCGACUGCAGGCAGGAGAGAGCGGGGGCUGCACAUGCUCUCCACUGCCAUCAAAAUCAACCUGGAGACGCACAGGAACGUCAAGGAGUUCCUGGUUGCUCUGCGGCUGCAAGGAGCCACGCUGCGACAUCACAUGGCCCUGACCAAUCAGAGCUGGCAUGAGCAGCUGGUUGAUUUCCUGGAUGUUCUGGAUGAUCCGAUCCUGGGCUUCGCCCCCCCCGCUGUCAUCACAGUGCUGCACACUCACCUGCUGAGCUGCGCCGUCGACUACAGGCCUCUCUACCUCCCACUGAGAGUUUUCCUGACAGCUGAGACGUUCACUCUCUCCAGUAACAUCAUCGUGGACACGGCCACCUUCCACCUCCGGUUUAUUCUGGAUGACUCCGCCCUCUAUCUGUCUGAGAAGUGUGACAGCGAGGCAGUGGACCUGAGGAAAGAUUACGUGUGCGUGCUGGACGUGGAUCUGCUGGAGCUCGCCAUCACCACGUGGAAGGGCAGCUCCGCGGGCAGACUGACUCAGCCCCUGUUUGAGCUGCGCUGCUCCAGUAACUUGGUCCACCUGCACACCUGCGCUGACUCCGGCUCUGCGCUCAUCAACCUGCUGCAGCACCUGCUGAGCAACGGAGACCUGCACCCUCCCCCGAGACAGGAGAGCCCCACCGAGAUCGCAGGGCAGCGGCUACAGCUCUCUGAAAGUCCCGCCUCCUUGCCACCGUGCCUUCCUGCCGAGACGGCAGAGAUUAACCAGUGUGACCUCGCCGACGCCUUGAUUGACACAGAGAGGAGCCAGGGAGAGGGCGGCGCCGGCACAGGCUCCCCCCUCUCGGUGCGGCAAGCCUCUCCAGUCUCUGUGUACCUGUUUCCAGGCGAGCGGACCCCUCUGCGCCCCCCUGCCUCCCUCGAGGGGGGGGGUGAGGAGGGGGGCAGCGAGGGGGACCCCGACUCCGACCGACAGUCCCAGAGCUCGACGGACGACGGUGACGAUGACUUCUGCAUCCUGGAGGCUCCGGGACUGGGAAUACCGUUGCGGGACGGUGAGCCCGUGGUGUCCCUCCUCUGCCCCGGGCCGGUUCUGAUCCGGGAGGGUCACUUCUCGCGGCCGCUGGGCAGCACCGACCUGCUCCGCGCCCCGAGCCGGUUCCCGGUGCCGGAGAGCCGGGUCCUGCUGCGCGAGAUCAGCGUGGUGUGGCACCUGUACGGGGGCAGGGACUUCGGGGGGCGCAGCGUGGGGGGCACAGGGGGGCCGGAGCCCAGAGUGAAGCCCCCCCCCUCCGGGUCCCGGGGCUCCCCCUCUCGCUCCGCAGGGCCCCCCCGACCGCAGAACUCCUGGAGGGUGCAGGGGGGGGGCGGGAGAGCGCACAGCAUGCUGAUGGAGAUCCAGCUCACCAAGGUGAGUUUCCAGCACGAGUCGUACCCCGCGGCGCCCCCCUGUGGCGAGGCGGGGGAGCUGCAGGACGUGCCCGUGUCCCGGCAGGUCUUCAUCGUGCAGGAGCUGGAGGUUCGAGACCGGCUCGCCUCCUCGCAGAUCAACAAGUUCCUGUACCUGCACACCAGCGAGAAGAUGCCCCGCAGAGCCCACUCCAACAUGCUCACUAUCAAGGCUCUUCACGUGCGUCCGGAGUCUGGGCUGGGGGGUCCGGAGUGCUGCCUGAGAGUCAGCCUGAUGCCCCUGAGACUGAACAUCGACCAGGAUGCCCUGUUCUUCCUGAAGGAUUUCUUCUCCAGUGUGGCGGGCGGUAUUAACCCGUUCCUGUCCGUGGAGCCGGGCUCUGAGGUGAAGCCGGACGGCAGCCACAGAGCAGAGGCGGAGUCGGGUCCGAGCCUGGGGGCGGGGCCUGACAUGAGCGCGUCCAUGGAAACGACCUACAGCGAGAACAGUUCCGUUUCCACUGGCUCCUCCUCCUCCUCGGACCAGCCAAUCUACUUCAGGGAGUUUCGCUUCACCUCCGAAGUGCCGAUCUGGCUGGAUUACCAGGGCAAGCACGUCGCCAUCGACCAGGUGGGCACGUUUGCGGGGAUCCUAAUUGGCCUGGCUCAGCUCAACUGCUCUGAACUCAAACUCAAGAGGCUGAGCUGCCGACACGGGCUGCUGGGAGUGGACAAGGUGGUCAACUACGCUGUGAACGAGUGGCUGACGGACAUCCGCAAGAACCAGCUCCCGGGCAUCCUGGGAGGAGUGGGACCCAUGCACUCCGUGGUGCAGCUCGUUCACGGGCUGCGGGAUCUCUUCUGGAUGCCCAUCGAGCAGUACCGCAAGGACGGGCGCCUCGUCCGCGGGCUGCAGCGCGGGGCCGCCUCCUUCGGGACCUCAACCGCCUCCGCAGCGCUGGAGCUCAGCAACCGGCUCGUACAGGCCAUACAGGCCACAGCGGAGACGGUGUAUGACAUCCUCUCCCCCACCCCCCCCAUCUCCCGCGGGAUCUCGGACAAGCGGAGCGGGAAGAGGCAGAGGUGGGGCCAGCAACCAGCUGACCUCAGAGAGGGCGUGGCCAAAGCCUAUGACACGGUCCGCGAGGGCGUUCUCGACACCGCUCAGACGAUCUGUGACGUCGCGACUCGCGGUCACGAGCAGAAGGGCCUGCCGGGGGCGGUGGGCGGAGUCCUGAGGCAGAUCCCGCCCACCGUGGUCCGGCCCCUCAUCGUCGCCACGGAGGCGACCUCUAACCUGCUGGGAGGCAUGCGGAACCAGAUCAAGCCGGACGCGCGCAAGGAGGACUUCUUAAAGUGGCGCACCGAGGAGAACCAGGACUGAGAGAGAGGCUGAGGUGCGCCGGGAAAAGAAGUCCCCCUGUCCCCCCCCCAGUAUUUAAACAGGAACCCCCAAAAUGGCCGGAGUCCCGUGCUUCGUGUGUGUGGGAUCAGGAGGAGGGGUGCAGUAUGUCAUUGCGCCACACUGGGGCAGUCUAACCCCAGAUUAGAUUCAGUGCUGAUGGUAAGAAUUGAAGCCUGCAGAGCCAUGAAAACAUUUCUAACUUUCUACAACUGCAGUGGAGUUAAACAAACAAACAAACAAACAAACAAACAAACAAACAAACAAACACACAAACAAACACACAAACAAACACACACACACACAAACAAACAAACAAACAAACAAACAAACAAACAAACAAACACACAAACAAACACACAAACAAACAAACACACACACACACAAACAAACAAACAAACAAACAAA